AUGAUUGUGGCUGAAUAUGCAGCCAAGUUUGAGGAGUUGGUAAGGUACUUUCCCUAUUAUCAAGGGAGAGAUGGUGAAAGCUCCAAGUGUGUAAAGUUUCUGAAUGGCUUACGACUUGAAGUGAAACAAGCUGUGAAUUACCAAGGUGUUCGUCAGUUCCCACUUUUGGUUAAUAUAUGUCGGAUUUCGGAUGAAGACUCCCGAGACAGGGCAACCUAUUAUAGGAGUACAGGUCCAAUAAGGGACAAAAAGAAUGGGCCUCAACAUCGGGGAAAACCAUACUCGAACCCUCCUAAGCAAUAUGGUAACCGUCAUGACAAUCAGACGACUGUUGCUAGGGGAAUUGCAGGUGGUAGUGGUAGCAAACCCAAUACUUUCCCCACUCAAAUCACUUGCUACAGAUGUAAGAAGCCAGGGCAUAUCUCCUCAAAUUUCCCUGAUAAAGAAAUCCCAACUAGUGGUUCUGUGUUAACCUCUGAUGUGUGUUUGGACUGUCUUGUGGAAAUUUCUGGUAGAACAUUCUUGAUUGAUUUGAUUUGUUUGCCUUUGAGCCAGAUUGAAGUUAUUCUUGGUAUGGACUGGUUAUCUUCCAACCAUGUCUUGUUAAACUAUUUUGAUAAAACUGUGGCGUUUGAUGAUUCUAGAGGGAGUAAGGAUAUGAUGUUUAUCUCUGCCAACCAAGUUAAGACAUCUUUAAAAGAAGAUGCUCAAGUGUACUUGAUCUUGUCUAGCCUGAAAACAAAAACAAUGAUUUCCAUGUGUGACCUCCCUGUUGUCAGAGAGUUUCCUGAAGUGUUUCCUGAGGAUAUAUCUGGUCUGCCGCCUGAGAGAGAUAAAGUUUUCCAUAGACCUAGUACCUGGUGCUGGGCCCAUAUCCAUAGCCCCUUAUAG